AUGGCGAGAGCGACAGGGAGCAGAGGCGCGAAUGGUGCCUCGAGCGGUAGCGUCACUCCACUUCCAUCGAGCACGCCUCAUGCUGCCACUGCUGGGCAGGUAGGUGAUGCGGAAGGCCACGCUGCUGCUGCUGCUUCUGCUACUGCUACCGCAAACCAAACCUUGGCUGGUGUGUCGUCUCCAGCACCGACACCUGCAUCUAGCAGCGCAGGUAGCGCCAAUCCUCCGACAUCCAUUCCGGGCCCAGCUCUGCGUUCGGGCUCGACUUCCACAGGCCAGACUGCAACCGCUUCUACACCCGUCGCUGGGUCUAGCAGUGGGGCUUCUCGAAGAGAGUUUACGAAUUCCAGACCCAAUAGCGCCAUUGCUGGUCCGUCGGCUGUGUCAUCGUCGUCUACUCGCGGACGUGGGCAGACGGCCGCAAGCGCCCUUUCCACUCACACGAUGCACCCUGCGGCCGCCGGCUCGCUUUUCGGCUUCGAGCAGGCUGCUUCAUCGAGCCGGAGUGGUGGCAACGGACUCUUCAACUUUUCACAGCGAGGCACGCCAACCUCGAACGACACGAGCGGUGGUCGUGCUUCUGCUCAGCGCAUCCCAUUUACAUCUCAGGGCGCUCAAGGAAGUCCUAGACCUCAUGUGGGCGGUAUGUUGGGCGCUGCUGGCAGCACUCUGUGGUCCAGCAUUCCGACUUUCUCCUCUCCAGGUAGGCCAGGCGCGGGCAUUGCAGCGUCGAACUCCCAACAUGGCUUUGCGGGCGCUGGUCAAGGCAGCUGGGCCCUCGCUGAUCCUGCUGGAUGGAGCGGGGAGUCGAGCGCACCAGCUGCCGUCAAGGCCUUUGAAGAGGACACCAUCACCGUGAGUGGCUAUGCCCUGUGCGGAGCUCCGUCUAGCACACUUCUCAGCGUCACUCCUCUGCCCCUCGCAGUCAUUCCGUUGGCGCAUCUCCGAUCUGAGACUGCUCCGUGACGAAGUGGAGAGCUCGGCGCUCUCCGAUGGCGAGCGCUCCAUCUCUGCAGGCGCAGGCAAAAGCGAGAUUUGGACCACGCAACCAAUCUUUGGCGACGGGAAGUGGAAGCUGGAGCUCGUGCGCACCUCUCGUGGAGCUGGAUCUUCUGGCAGCAAGGAGGACGAGGAGGCUGAUUCGAGUGCUGAGGGCCGAAGCAACACAGUAUUGAGCGUAUAUCUGAGUAAGUGGCCGGUCAGAGCGAUGCGCAUUCACACUGAUUGGCGUUGACGAGGGGGUCGUCUGCCUUUGGUUGCAGCGGCGAUGCUACUGGACUACAUCCCAUCUCAUAUCUCCAUCGCCGCGACCAUCUUCGUUGGCCUCGCGCCUGCAGGCCGCUCGCCAUCCAUCAAGACAUCGCGCGAUGGAGGCUUCGUCUGGAGGCAUCAUGCAGCUCACACCUUCGCACGGGAUGACGGCGAGUUCUGGGAGUGCCACGAGCUGCCGAGCCUGACCGAGCUUCUAGAGUUCCCGGCGGUUUCCAGACAGAAUGCUAUGGAGCUGACGUUGCAGAUAUCGACCGGACCUCGCGUCGCUCAAACACCAGAAAGUGGCACCAUCCGCACCAAGAACACUUCGGUGUUCGAAGACAAACACACACACUCGGUUCCACGAGCGCUCGUCAAUGGUCUCGAAGGUCUCCUUGAUUGUAGCGCUACGGGAGAUGUCAUUCUGCUAGUCAAGGAGCGAGGCUUGAGACUGGCGCCCGAUGCCGAUGGCGAGCGCCAUGUCGAAACAGAUCCGUUUCCCAGUAGUAGCGGGACCAUGCCAAGUGGGGCCGGUGCAGUCACGAGGGAUCGAGUUCUGUGGGCGCAUUCAUCGAUUCUUCGCGCUCGAGGAGAGUUCUGGAGUGACAUGCUCGCCUCCUCCUUUGCAGAGGGGGUCGAGCAUGAUCUAGCAGAAGCAUACGGAGGUCGUCGAGUACGCGUCCUGAGGCUCCCCGACGCAGACUUUGCAUCAGCGUAUGCGCUUCUGCGUUGGUUAUACGUAAACGAAGUCGAGUUUGCUGAUGAUUUCAACCAGCCAUUGCGUGGAGAGUCCUUUGGUCUGCUUGAUGACUCGCAUUGGGUCACGGAGGAAGAAGACACAGCGCAGAGCCUACCCGACUGGGACUGGCAAGAGUGCGUCAGAGACGAGGGCGAAGAGCACGUCAACGGGGCGGCGGCCAACGGCCAACAGCAGCCUCAGUUCCCGCUUCACACACCAGGUGGGCUAAUGUCCAGCAGAGCCUCGCAUGGCUCGGUCAGUUCGAGUACGACUGCCGCUGCAGAGGGGCCUCAACAUGUCCCUGCAAGUCCGCCUACUACUUUGCCCCGCCCUCGUAGGCCUGGAGAGUACGAUCCGCGAGCUUCGCGCCCCGCGUUGGCAGCGUUGAAUCAACAGAGUCCAAGCGCGCCGACUCUGGGUUCGGUACUCAGUCAGGAUCCGCAUCCUCAUCCAGUCACUGACUUGGCGCCAGCAUCAGCUCUGACCAUCUAUCGACUCGCUCAUCGAUGCGCUCAAGAUUCUCUGGCUGAGCUAGCGCGCGCGCACGUUGUGGCCUCUCUCGAUCCUCAAAGCGCUUUCCCCACCUUUUUGGCCACGGGUCUCUACGCCGAGCUGCACGCCGACGUGAAGAGGUACCUGCUAGCAAAUUGGACGGCCGUCAGCCAUAGCGAAGCUUUUGAAAGGUGAGCAAAUCCCGACACUUUGGCCCACGUCCUGAAACGCACGUAUGUCUCCCGCCCCUGAUAUUCUUGCUGACACCCGUCGAAAUGUGCUCUUCGAAACACAGAUCGAUUGAUGAGAUCUGUGCAGGUCAAUGGGGCGACGCGGCGAGUCGUUCACUAAGAGAGUUUAUGCGCGCUCUGACGCCAUACAGCCCUCCUGCUAGACGCUCUCGUUGA